AUAUAAAACCAAGGUGGUGGCAGUAUUUCUUAGGUAUUUACUAUUACCAAUGAGAAUACACCAUUCCAAUUGAAAGGAGAAGACCAGUGAACAGAGUUCACGAAUAACACAGCUCUCUUCUCCCCCAACCUGUUCCUCUCUUUUUUCAAUAGGUUGGUACAAUUGACUUUUUAUGAACUUUGCACUUCGGAGACAUAUUUUCUUUUUUGUGCUACAAUCCUACUUCCCUGCCAUGCUGAUGGUGAUGCUGUCUUGGGUUUCAUUUUGGAUUGACAGAAGAGCCGUUCCUUCCAGGGUAUCACUAGGUAUAACUACAGUGCUGACAAUGUCAACCAUCAUGACAGGAGUAAGUGCCUCAAUGUCUCAAGUGUCUUACAUAAAGGCCACGGAUAUGUAUUUAUGGACCAGCUUCCUUUUCGUCUUCCUGUCUGUCAUCAAAUAUGCAGCAGUGAACUAUCUCACCACAACUGAAGAGAGAAAGCAACUCAAAAAACGGGGCAAGGCUUCAGGAAUGUAUAGUAUUGAUGCAGUGCAAGCAAUGGCUUUCCACGGCUGCUUUCAGGAUAUGGAUGUGGACACGGACCUGACUGCUUUUUCAGACUGUUGUGAAGAGAAUGAGUCUCGGGCACGUGCAGCCAGUGUCUCCAGUGUGGACACAACUCGCAUAAAGAGGAAGAGAUCUCUGAAGGGAAGCAUGGGCAGGAUUAUUUUACAGAACAAUCAUGUUAUUGACCCAUAUUCGAGGAUUAUAUUUCCCAGUGUGUAUAUUAUGUUCGAUUUUUUUUUACCAGGGUUUGUACACAUGAACAAAACCGAUUACAAGCUAGACAUUAGUUUGUGUAUCGGGGUAGCAUCGUGCUUUAAAAACAAUGCAACAGCAGGAGAGGAAAGGGUUAAAAGUUUCCGAAACUGA